AUGUCCGCAAAUAUUUUUAAUAAAAAAAAUUUUUUAAUUUUUAAUUUUAGAAUUAAAUAUAAUGAAUGUAGUGGAGACAGAAGAAUUUGGACUGUAGAAAAUUGGGCUCAAGACGUAACACAAAAAUUACAAAAACAACAAGAAGAAAAAAACAAAAUAAUGGCUGUUUGUGUUUCUGCUAGUGCACAAGCUUUUCUUAGAUCGGUUUGGUAUAAACCUGAGCUUAUUAAUGGAAUAGAAGGUCUUUUAUUAAUUUCCCCUGGUGUUGGAAUGCAAGUUGAUAAUUAUAUUAGAAGAGUAUUUCCUUUGGAGGAACAGAAAUUACUAAAGAGUGGUUAUGCUGUUGAACAUCCAACAACAAAUGAUGAAUUUUCUGGGCAAAUAAGGGUUGAUUUGAAAAGUUUGGAGGAUUAUGCUCAAAUCGUUCCAUUAUCAAAUAGUUUGGCCUUAUUGGAUAAAAUUAAAUCUGAUGAUAAGGCUAUUUUACAAGCAGCUUGUGGACAUUUAAUUAAUGAUGACUCAAUAAUUAUACGGGCAUUGGAUUCUUUACUAGAAGCAAUUCAGAAUAAAAACGAAAAAUAUUUAAUUGCUACACAAAAGGGAUGA